AUGUCCCGCUUCGAGGCCAUCUCCGCGCCCGGUGCCCCGGUCGAGGAGGGCCAGGACAUGCCGACUCCAUGUCCGCCUCCACCAGAGAAGGCCAAGACCUCGCUGCCGGGAGCGGCCCGUCGCGGAUCGGGCGCCGGUAGUAUCGAUCUGGAGAAGCAGCCGACGGUCGACGAGGGCAGACCCACCCUUGAGCACACCAUCUCCCAUGUCACGACGCACGACAUCGCUCACAUCCCCACCACCCACACUGGCGGUCCUCCCGUCAGCGACGAGAUCUACGAUAAAUUCUCCCUGACUCGUAAAAACAUCAUUACCGCCGUCCUGUCCUUUUGCGGCUUCCUGGCACCCAUCUCCAGCACUACCGUCUUGGCCGCCAUCCCGGAAGUCGCCGAGACGUACCACAGCAACGGCACCACCAUCAACAUCAGCAAUGCCUUAUACAUGUUGUUCAUGGGCAUCUCGCCCAUGUUCUGGGGCCCGAUCGGCCAGGUGUACGGUAGAAGAUGGGCCUCACUAGGAAGCGCGUUCCUCUUCACUGCCUUCUCCGUCGGCACAGCGCUAGCGCCCAAUCUCGCUUCCUUCUUCGUCUUCCGCAUCAUGACCGCCGUCCAAGGCACCUCUUUUCUCAUCAUCGGCUCCUCCUGCAUCGGUGACAUUUUCCGACCCACCGAGCGCGGCACAGCACUGUCCUGGUUCCUCUCAGGAACCCUAGUCGGACCGGCCUUUGGCCCCUUCAUCGGCGGCAUCAUCGUGACGUUCCGCUCGUGGCGCGACAUCUUCUGGCUGCAGACGGCACUGGGCGGCUUCGGCUUCACUCUGAUCCUGUUCCUGCUGCCCGAGACGACGCAUUACAAGCGGUCGGUCGAGUUCAAAGGGCUAAAGACGAAGGAGAAGAUGGCCAAGAUGUGGCAUUGGACGAAUCCGUUCCGCGUGCUGCGGCUGUACCGCUACCCCAACCUCAUCACCGUUGGCCUCGCAUCCUCCGCCCUCGUCUGGAACAUGUACUCGCUCCUCACGCCCAUCCGCUACGUCCUCAACCCGCGCUUCCACCUCACCUCGCCCAUCCAAUCCGGCCUCUUCUACAUCGCCCCCGGCUGCGGCUACCUCUUCGGCACCUUCUUCGGCGGCCGCUGGGCCGACCGCGUCGUGCACAAGUACAUGCGCAAGCGCGGCGGCGAGCGCGUGCCCGAGGACCGCCUCAACUCGUGCCUGCCCUUCCUCGGCGGCGUCAUCCCCGCGUGCAUGCUCGUGUACGGGUGGAGCAUCGAGACGGCGAGCGGCGGCGUCCCGCUGCCCGUCGUCACCAUGUUCUUGCAGGGCGUCGCGCAGCUGUUUUGUUUUCCGUCCCUCAACACGUAUUGUCUCGACGUCAUGCAGGCGCAGAGCGCAGAGGUCGUCGCGGGGAAUUACGUCAUCAGGUACGUUUUUGCGGCGCUGGGCAGCGCGCUGUGCUUGCCUGCCAUCGAGCGCAUCGGCGUCGGCUGGUUCUCGACCAUUUCGGCGGGGUUUUUGGUGGCGGCGAUGGGGCUGACGUGGUUGACGACGAGGUAUGGGAGGCAGUGGAGGGAUGACGUCGAUGCGAAGAAGAAGAUGGAGAGGAGGGUUAAGGCUGGUGAGGGGCGGAGGCGUGCUGAGGAGGAGGAGGCGGAGGGAGAGGAGAGUGUGUGA